GCGCAACUCCGGCCUCAAGACGGAAAACCGGAACUUCCGGAACUUCCGGAAGUGACGACAUGCGGUUUCCGGUCUGACGCCCCCGGCCCCUUCCUCAGCCUCCUUCCCAGUAACAGGGGUCGGGGCUGGGCCGUGGGGCCGAGGUGCAGCAGAAAUGGAUUCCCAGGACAUCAAAGAGUUGCAGCAAGAAGUGAUGGAGGAGAUGGGAAUCUCCAUGGAGGAGCUGCAGGACAUCAUCAAUGAAGAGCUGGAGAAGUCUGAGUUUGUGAAGCAGAAGAAGCAGCAGCUGGAGGAGCUGGAGAAGUAUGUGAAACAGAAGGAAGAAGAGGUGGCUCACGUUGACUGUCUCUUUGAUGAUGCUUGGAGAGACUUUGAUAAAUGUGAGAUGUUGGUGAAGGAGCUGUACUCCAAGCUGGGCCUUGAGUAUCGUGAGAGCAGCUCUGAGGACGAGGACUUGGCUGCCAAGCCCACAGAAGUGAUUGAGAUCCCAGAUGACGACGAUGACGAUGUCAUGAGUAUCGAUUCAGGAUGGAAGAACAGUGAUACCAAUCCCAAAAUUGCAAAGGAUCAGACUCUGCUGCGGGAAGCCAUGGCAGCAAUGAGAAAGUCUGCCCAGGACGUUCAGAAAUUUAUGGAUGCCGUGCACAGGAGAACAAACGCCCAGGACGCACUGCAAGAUGCACCAACCCCUCAGCAAUCUCCUGGCACUCUCCAGUCGGUUGGACCCGCAGCGGGCGCGAGCGACCUCAGCAACGACGGCGACCUGAAAGUUGGCAUGAGGAUCCUGGGCAAGAAGAGAACCAAAACGUGGCACAAAGGAACUCUGAUUGCCAUCCAGACGGUCGGUGCUGGUAAGAAGUACAAAGUGAAGUUUGACAAUAAGGGGAAGAGUUUGCUUUCUGGCAAUCACAUUGCUUACGACUAUCACCCCUCCCCGGAGAAACACUACGUAGGGAGCAGGGUUGUGGCAAAAUACAAAGAUGGGGAUCAAGUUUGGCUGUAUGCUGGCAUAGUGGCUGAGACACCAAAUAUGAAGAAUAAAGACAGGUUCUUGAUCUUCUUUGACGACGGCUACGCUUCCUACGUCAAGGAGUGGGAGCUGUACCCGGUGUGCAGGCCGCUUAAGAAGACGUGGGAGGACAUAGAGGAUGUGUCGUGCCGCGACUUCAUCGAGGAGUACAUCAGCGCGUACCCCAACCGUCCCAUGGUGCUGCUGAAGAACGGGCAGCUGAUCAAAACCGAGUGGGAGGGGACGUGGUGGAAAUCCAGGGUGGAAGAGGUGGAUAGCAGCCUGGUCAAAAUCCUCUUCCUGGAAGCUCUUGCCGUAGAUGCUGUGAGUGUUGCAUUCUCCUUGCUGCAGGAUGACAAACGCUGUGAGUGGAUUUACCGGGGCUCCACGCGCCUCGAGCCCAUGUUCAGCAUGAAAACCUCCACGGCCUCCACCCAGGAGAAGAAGCAGAGUGGGCAGGCGAGGACUCGUCCCAACGUUGGCGCUGUGCGGAGCAAAGGGCCCGUAGUCCAGUACACGCAGGACCUGACUGGAGCUGGUACCCAGUACAAACCUCUGGAGCAGAUGCAGGCGGCCUCGCUGGCUGCACGGCCCGGUUCCCCGCAGCCCACUGAGAUGGAAUGCUCGGACAGCCAGCUGGCCCAGUCCAGGAAGCAGGUGGCCAAGAAGAGCACGUCGUUCCGUCCCGGCUCGGGGCAGUCCUCGCCUUCCUCGCCGGCGCUGAGCGAUGCUCCCCCGCCGGGCAGGGCCCAGCAGCAUCGGUUUCCCGGCGGGCCGGCCGGCGCGGCGCAGCCGUUCCACGGCAUGAUGGACCGCGUGCCCAACGAGCCCUCGUACCGCGCGCCGCUGGAGAAGCUCUUCUACCUGCCCCACGUCUGCAGCUACGCCUGCCUGUCCCGCGUGCGGCCCAUCCGCAGCGACCAGUACCGCAGCAAGAACCCGCUGCUCAUCCCGCUGCUCUACGACUUCCGGCGGAUGACGGCGCGGCGCCGCGUGAACCGCAAGAUGGGAUUCCACGUCAUCUACAAGACGCCGUGCGGGCUGUGCCUGCGCAGCAUGCCCGAGAUCGAGCGCUACCUCUUCGAGACGGACUGCGACUUCCUCUUCCUGGAGAUGUUCUGCCUGGACCCCUACGUGCUGGUGGACCGCAAGUUCCAGCCCUACAAGCCCUACUACUACAUCGCCGACAUCACCAAGGGCCGGGAGGACGUGCCCCUGUCCUGCGUCAACGAGAUCGACAGCACGCCGCCGCCCCAGGUGGCCUACAGCAAGGAGCGCAUCCCCGGCAAGGGCGUGUUCAUCAACACGGGCUGGGAGUUCCUGGUGGGCUGCGACUGCAGGGACGGCUGCAGGGACAAGUCCAAGUGCGCCUGUCACCAGCUGACGGUCCAAGCCACCGGCUGCACCCCGGGCGGGCAGAUCAACCCCAACUCGGGGUACCAGCACAAGCGGCUGGAGGAAUGCCUCCCAACAGGGGUUUAUGAGUGCAACAAGAGGUGCAAGUGCAACGUCAACAUGUGCACCAACCGCCUGGUCCAGCACGGGCUGCAGGUCCGGCUGCAGUUGUUCAAGACUCAGAACAAGGGCUGGGGCAUCCGCUGCCUCGAUGACAUCGCCAAGGGCUCCUUCGUCUGCAUCUACGCAGGGAAAAUCCUCACGGAUGACUUCGCCGACAAAGAGGGCUUGGAGAUGGGGGACGAGUACUUCGCCAACCUGGACCACAUCGAGAGCGUGGAGAACUUCAAGGAGGGCUACGAGAGCGACGCGCGGUGCUCGUCCGACAGCAGCGGGGUGGACCUCAAGGACGACGAGGAGGAAAACACGGGCACGGAGGAGCAGGAGGAGUCCAACGAGGACAGCUCCGACGACAACUUCUGCAAGGACGAGGGCUUCAACGCCAGCUCGGUGUGGCGCAGCUACGCCACGCGGCGCCAGACCCGCGGCCAGAAGGAGAACGGGCUCUCGGAGACGGCCUCCAAGGACUCGGGGCUCACGGCGCAGCCCGGCCACGACUCCUGCAAGCUGCCCGUGUCCGAGGAGACCUCCAAGAACAAAGUGGCCUCGUGGCUCAGCUCCAACAGCGUCGCCGACGGCUUCCAGGACAACGACAGCGCCUCGUCCUUCAAGAUGAGCGAAAGCGAAAGGGACGGCAAGGGCUGCAGGGCCGAGCCCACGGAGCGGGACAGAGCGCCCGCGUCCGCCCUGGGCGCUGCGGAGGGGGAGGCGAAGGCGCCCAGGAAGGAC